UAGAGAAAUUUACAUGUAACUUAAAAAAAAAAGUUGAAGGACUUUCACUUUUGGGAAGACGAUAAAUAUUGGUGUCCAGCACUUCAAUUUUGAAUAAUCCAUCACUCCUUUGUUUCCCGACUUGUGUUCAUCUUUAAGAAAAUGGCAAGUUUAAUAAGGUUUUCCCAAAUCCUCUGCCUUUCCUUCAUGUUGUUACAGUUUCGAGUCCAAAGCUCCUCACCUUCUCAAUCUUCUUCCGAUUCAUCACCACAUUUGUGCCGUCCUGAAGAGCGUUCUGCAUUGCUUGAUUUCAAAAGCACUACUAAAUUGGGGAAAUACUGUAUUCGUGGGAUCUAUUUUGGCACUCCUCGUCCUAUAAUACAAACUUGGAACGAGAGUAAAGACUGCUGCUUGUGGGAGGGCAUCACAUGCGACAAGGUGAAAGGUCACGUGAUUGGCCUUGAUCUUAGCAGUAAUUGUCUUGAAGCCAAUCUAACUACAAAUAGUAGUCUCUUCCACCUUGAGAAAUUGCAGAGCCUCAACCUUGCUUACAACGAUUUUAGCUACGCCAAUCUCUCUUUUGGGUUCCACCGUUGGAAGAGUUUGACAUAUCUUAAUCUUUCACGUUCAACAUACAUGGAUGGCUCUCUCCUGUUUGAUGAGAUCUUCUUGCUAUCGAAAUUGGUUUCACUCGAUCUCUCUGAUAAUGUUGGUUUGCUUCUUGACAACAUAAAGCUUCAAAUGCUUGUGCAUAACUUAACAGAAUUAAGGUUUCUUAUCCUUGAUUUUGUGAAUAUGUCUUUGGUUGUGCCAUCUUCCUUGCUAAACUUGACUUCUUCCUUGGAGCAUUUGGGCCUUUGCGAUUGUAAUUUGCAAGGAAACUUUCCAAACCAAGUUUUUCAGCUUCCAUCUCUCCAGCUUCUUGAUUUAAGCGAAAACUCUGAUUUAGGAGGUAAUAUGCCCGAGUCAAACCAGAGUAGUACCCUCAAGUAUUUGAAUCUUGCAAACACAAGCUUUUCAGGAGCGUUGCCUCAUUCAAUCGGCAAUCUCAAACUCCUAAAGGGAUUGUAUCUUUAUAGCUGCCAAUUUUAUGGAUCAAUUCCUAGAUCUCUUGCAAAUCUUACAGAGAUAACUCAACUAGAUUUUUCUUCCAACCAUUUGCAAGGGCAAAUACCAGAUGUUUUUGGAAAAAUGCACAAGCUAACUUCUUUGAGCUUAGAUGCAAACAGUUUUGGUGGUGAAAUUCCUCCAUCAAUCUUCAACCUCACCCAUCUUACUUUUUUGUCACUAUCAUCAAAUAAGCUAGCAGGCUCUCUUCCUCACCAUAUAAGUGGACUCACAUUUCUCUAUGAGCUUCUUAUAAAUAAUAAUCUUAUCAUAGGCCCUGUACCAUCUUGGCUGUUUUCUCUGCCUUCUUUAUUCUAUUUAGACCUCCAAAACAACUGCCUUACUGGACCUAUUGAUCAUGUUGAGAUGCCCAAUCUCAUUUUGCGAGAAGUCUAUUUGUCCAAUAAUGAGAUAAGUGGUCCAAUUCCUAGCUCCUUCUUUGAUAUUGUGGGUCUUAUUAGAGUCGAACUUUCUUCAAAUAACUUAACUGGCACCAUUACACCCGACAUGCUUUCGAAGCUUGAAAACCUUAUUGUUUUGGAUCUUUCCAAUAAUAGUUUGCUUUCUUUGAGCAAUAAUGACACUACUGUCAACUAUUCCUUUCUUUCGAGCCUCAGGUAUUUAAGAUUCUCUUCUUGCAACAUACACAAGUUCCCAAGUUUCUUAAGGAAGGCAGAGGCAUUGCAAGAAUUGGAUAUUUCUAAGAACAAGAUUUCUGGUCAAAUUCACAAAUGGGAAAUAGAAGGAAUGUCAUUGGUUAUAUUAGACCUUUCUUAUAACUUCUUGACUGGUAUAGAUUUAUUUGGUUUUGGAAAUCUUCGAACUGUUGACCUUAGAUCCAACUUACUACAAGGAUCACUUCCCAUUCCAUCAACAAGUUGGGAUUCUAUGCAAGUUCUCCUCAUUUCAGGGAAUAAAUUGACUGGUGAAAUCCCUUCUUCUUAUUGUAAUUUUACUUUUCUUGGAGUUCUAGUAUUAGCUAAUAAUAGUUUCGGAGGAAAAAUUCCCGAAUGUCUUGGAACCUUGAACAGUCUCUUUGUCUUGGAUCUGCGGAUGAAUAAGUUCCAUGGUAGGAUUCCAAAUGUAUUUGUUAGCCUCAGUUCCUUGACAACUCUCAACCUAAAUGGCAACCAGUUGGAAGGGAUGCUACCACGGUCGUUGGUUAAUUGCAGUGACUUGGAAAUUCUAGAUGUGGGGAACAACAACUUGAAUGAUGCCUUUCCACAUUGGUUAGGUGUUUUUCCAUCACUAAAAGUUCUCAUCCUUCGAUCUAAUCGAUUUCAUGGUGCCAUCAGCAAUUCUAUGCCUGCAUCUUACUUCCCUCAGUUGAGAAUCAUUGAUGUUGCACAGAAUGAUUUUAUGGGUCUCCUACCAAGUAACUAUUUCAAAAUUUUGAAAGGUAUGAAAGAUGUAGCUCCAGUUGAUAAAGUCAAAUUGAAAUACAUUGGUUCUCCAUAUUUUUAUUAUGAUUAUUAUGAGGAUUCUGUGAAGGUAGUAAUAAAGGGGUCAGAGAGGGAGCUUCAAAGGAUCUUGACAAUUUUCACAAUCAUUGAUUUCUCAAGCAAUCGAUUCGAUGGGGAAAUUCCUAAAGAGCUAGGAGAACUCAAUUCACUUUUAUUGCUAAACUUAUCUCACAAUAGUCUCAACGGUCAAAUCCCAUCAUCACUGGGGAAACUAGCAGAGCUUGAGUCAUUAGAUCUCUCAUCAAACAAGCUUGAAGGUAGGAUUCCAGAGCAAUUGGCAAAGUUGACGUUCCUAUCAGUUUUGAAUCUUUCACACAAUGAACUUGUGGGCCACAUACCUGAAGGGAAGCAGUUCAGUACUUUCUCAAAUGAUUCCUACAUUGGGAACUCUGGGUUGUGUGGAUUCCCAUUGACAAAGAAAUGCAAAGAACCAGGACCACCUUCAGCAGUCUUUGAAUGGAAGUUUGUUUUGGCAGGCUAUGGGUGUGGACUGGUGUUGGGACUUAGUCUGGGAUACAUUGCCUUCACUAUAGGAAAACCAUGGUGGAUAGUGAAGAAAGUGGAGAAAUAUCAACAGAAAUUAGUUGGAAGGUGCAACCAAAGUCAUAAGCACAGAAAAAUCCAAAAACCCAACCAACACACUUAAGUGAGUGCAAGCAGGUGCGGUUGAUUUCCUACUCCCGGGAGAUCUAGCAACAGUUGCUUCUUGAGUUUGUUUCAAUCUUUUUCAAGUUCAUUGUUGAUAUAUAAUUGUAUUGACUUGUGUGGGAAUUAUGGUUAUGUAUGAAUUUGUGUUGAUUUCUUUUGGAUUUGAUCUAUCUGCUCUACAUGCAGUUCUUGUGUAUUUUGUUACUGUAAUUUGAUCCUUCUGUGAUUUUUGCCAAUCAAUCUCUUCAUAUCAUAUUUUAUCCUCUUCUUUUGGUUCGGUUGCCUUUGAACGGUGUGUUUUACUAAAUAAAAAUGAAAAUUUCUU